UGAGACGCUCAGACAGCAGGAAGACAUCAUGGAGGUCACAGCGCUCUGCUGCCGACUGCUGACGGGUGUAAUCAUUCUGCUGGGUGCACAUAUUCAGGAGAGUUCUUCGCAAAACAAUGACACAGCUUUUCGUAUUAUUGCAGAGAGACUGCAGCUCUUUGAGUACAAGCCCUUCUCUUUUCUCUGCGAGGGUCUUGGGUAUAAUUUCAAAGGAAUCAGGAAUGGUAAAAAGUUAACAAAGGAUUGUUCUAUGAUUAAUUCAACAACACUGAAAUGCACCAUUCAACAGGCCUAUGCAAAGGACAGUGGAGUUUACUGGUGUGAGGAUGAAAAAGGAGAGAAGAGCAAUUCUGUCAACAUCACUGUCACCGCUGGCUCUGUGAUCCUGGAGAGUCCUGUGCUUCCUGUGAGAGAGGGAGAAUCUGUGACUCUGAGCUGCAGAAACAAGACGACCACUUCCUCCAUCCUCUCAGCUGACUUCUAUAAAGAUGGCCGCCUCAUCAGGAGCAGCUCGACAGGAAACAUCACCAUCCAAAGAGUUUCUAAAUCUGAUGAAGGACUCUACAAGUGCAGCAUCUCUGAAGGUGGAGAAUCACCAGAGAGCCGGUUUGCUGUCAUAGGGAAAUUCAGACCUCAGAGCAACAACAGCAAUACGAGUGAAACACAGGAUAGGACAGAAAGUGGUGACCUACUUAAUGGAGAAAUGCGUCCUUUCCUCAAU